UUCCCCGCGCAAGUUCGCCUCUGAAUAUCAGUCUCGGCUGAAAAGGGACAAAACAGUCUACCUUUACGUCCGGUAGUGGUUCCACCGCAGUCUCUUUCAAUUCCAAGCAUGGAGGACCUGUCUUUUUUGCCGGAUCUCCCGAGCGGGCCCCUGGAUGUAUAUAGAAGUAGCGCCUCAUUCGACUGGAAGCGGCUAAAGUUGGCUUUGGAGGGAGAUAUCGAUUUUUUGAAACUCAAGUACAAAGUAUGGCGUACGCUGGAGAAGGAUCCGCUAUUCGCACACAACCUCGUGACGCCAGUAGUGGAGGAACAGAAGCGGAUCACCCAGCUGCAGCUGAAAAGGGUCAACUCUUACAAAUUUCUAACAGAUGAAAUGUUUAAAUCCACUUAUAGUAAAAGGACAAGAGCCCUCAUGACAAUAAAUGAAGCAGUACAAUCGCUGAACCCGAGCGUGUCAGUGAAAAUGGCCAUCGGAAUAUAUUUGUUCUCAAACGCGCUACUCUCGUUGGGUACAGAGCGGCAUCUCAAGUUCUACGAAGCGACCAUUUCUAAACGGGAGAUACUAGCAAGUUUCGCGCUGACAGAAAUCGCGCACGGGUCGGAUGCGCGACUCAUGCGCACGACGGCGACGUACGACCCGAAGCAUCGCGAGUUCGUGAUACACACGCCCGAUUUCGAGGCCGCUAAAUGCUGGGUUGGUAAUCUAGGUAGAACCUGCACGCAUACACUCCUCUUCGCCCAGCUGAUAACCCCCGAUGGCAGCAACCAUGGCCUGCAUGGAUUCGUAGUGCCUAUUCGGGAUCCCGAUACCCUCGAGACUUACCCCGGCCUCAUCGUUGGAGACAUGGGCGAGAAGGUUGGCGUCAACGGGAUUGAUAACGGGCGUAAAGUGCCGUUGAAGCAUUAUCUUGCAGCCUGGUUUUUGAUAGUUUAUCUUGCUGAGUUCGAGUUCGUGCUGCUGAAGCGCUUCCUUGCAGUCUAUUUUUGGGGGGCGAAUCUGGGCGACAUCCGUAACAACCACGACCCCACGGUGACGUACGAGGGAGACAACAAUGUGCUACAACAGCAAGCUGGCAACUGGCUGCUGCGGCAGUACGAGACUGUGCUCAACGGUGGCACGGUCGACUCACCGCUCGGCACUGUCGCCUUUCUCAACGACUAUAAGCUGAUCAGUGUGGAAACAUUUGCCUGCACUGAGACAAGUCAGCUCAAAACGCCACAAUUUAUAACAUCCACGUACAAAUGGCUGUUGUGCUGGUUGCUCAAAGAAACUCGAGAGAAGUACAACGCGGAGAUCGGCAAGGGUCUCUCUGCCUUCCAGGCCAAGACUAAAUCACAAGUGUACCGAUGGAAAACUCUCACCCGAGUCUAUGCCGAAUAUCUAGCAAUAAUGUUCAGUCUGGAAUCAAUAGAGAAGAAAGAAAAAUCUUUACAGCCAGUCCUAUACAAGUUAUUCACCCUCUAUGGCUUGUGGUCAUUAGACAACUGGCUAGUAGAGUUGUACCAGGGCGGGUUUAGUAAAGGGGAGGCUCUAGCAAGGUUGGUGAGGGAGGCAGUGCUGGAACUGUGCGGGGACUUGAAGGGAGAGGUGGUGAGCGUAGCAGAUGCGCUUGCGCCGACCGAUUUUGUGUUGAACUCAGUACUUGGAAAGAGUGAUGGCAAACUUUACCAAAAUCUUCAGAAAGCUUUCUUCAGUCAACCCGGAGUAUUUGAACGAGCUCCAUGGUGGCGUGAUGUCACUGGGCCAAAGUCUAAGCUGUGAGACCCAUCCAUUAGCAUAGUUUACUUUGUUGGUGUUAUUGACUUUUCUUCCUUUUGACAUUGCUAUACUGGCCGAUAGGAUGGCGAUAUUUUAGAAAAACGCGUUUCAGUUCGACUGUUGCCUAUUUCUACCACAACCAAGUUAAACGUGUAAGACAGUGUUUGUCUGAAGAUUUAAUUGCCAAUUCAUAAUCAAAACUUUCAUUUUAUUGACAUUG